AUGUCUGUUAAUAUAUUUAAAGACCAGGUGGAGGAAGAUCGAGGUGAAAAUGCACGUAUGUCGGCGUUUCUCGGCGCAAUUGCCGUGGGAGAUCUCGUCAAGUCGACGUUGGGACCCAAAGGGAUGGAUAAAUUGUUGCAAAGUGCCAGCAACCCCGAUCACGCCAUAGUGACCAAUGACGGUGCUACGAUCUUGAAAUCUAUACCAUUUGACAACCCGGCAGCAAAAGUGUUGGUGAAUAUCUCGAAAGUUCAGGACGAUGAAGUUGGCGAUGGCACUACAUCGGUGACGGUUUUGAGUGCUGAGUUGUUGAGGGAGAGUGAAAAAUUGAUUGACCAGAAUAUACAUCCUCAGACCAUCAUUGAAGGUUUUAGAAUUGCUAGAAGACACGCGAUUGACGCGUUGGAUCAAAACGCUCUGAACCACGGCGAUGACCCUGUAAAGUUCAAGCUGGAUUUGUUGAAUAUUGCCAAGACGACGUUAUCGUCAAAGAUCUUGUCCCAGGAUAAGGAAAAGUUUGCCAAUUUGGCGGUAGAUGCCAUAUUGAGGUUGAAAGGUUCAACCAACUUGAACAAUAUCCAGAUUAUAAAAAAAGUUGGAGGGAAAUUGUCCGAUUCAUAUUUGGACCAAGGUUUCAUCUUGGAAAAAAAAUUUGGUAUCGGCCAACCGAAAAAAGUCGAGAACGCCAGGAUUUUGAUUGCCAAUACGUCGAUGGACACCGAUAAGGUAAAGAUCUUUGGCGCCAAGUUCAAAGUCGAUUCGACAUCGAAAUUGGCCGAGUUGGAGAAGGCGGAAAAGCUCAAGAUGAAGAAUAAAGUGGACAAGAUUAGGAAAUUCGACAUCAAUGUGUUUAUAAACCGUCAGCUCAUUUACGAUUACCCCGAGCAGUUAUUCACCGACGCCAAGAUCAACUCGAUAGAACAUGCCGAUUUCGACGGCGUGGAAAGAUUGGCCUUGGUCACGGGCGGUGAAGUUGUGAGUACCUUUGACAAUCCUGAAAAUGUCAAAAUCGGCCACUGCGACUCCAUCGAGGAGAUUCUUAUUGGUGAAGAAACAUUUUUGAAAUUCUCGGGUGUUGCCGCUGGUGAAGCGUGUACCGUGGUUUUACGUGGUGCCACCGAGCACGUGUUGGACGAGGCUGAUAGAUCCUUGCAUGAUGCCUUAUCGGUGCUUUCACAAACCACAAGGGAUACCAAAACUGUACUUGGCGGUGGAUGUGCCGAGAUGAUUAUGGCAAAGGCAGUAGACCAAGCCGUAGCGAAUGAGACUGGCAAAAAGGCACUCGCGAUUGAAGCAUACAGUAGAGCAUUGAGACAGCUACCUACAAUCUUGGCAGAUAACGCGGGUUACGACUCGAGCGACUUGGUGACAAAGUUGAGAUCUGUGAUCUACAAUGGCAUGUCCACCUCCGGGUUGAAUUUGAACAACGGUACCGUUGACGACAUGAGAUACUUGGGGGUUGUCGAGAGUUACAAGUUGAAGAAAGCCGUGGUGAAUUCAGCCACGGAGGCAGCCGAGGUCUUGUUGAGGGUAGAUAACAUCAUUCGUGCUAAACCCCGUACUGCUGAUAGGAAUCAUUGA